AUGGGUGGGAAAGCUCAAAAUGGAGAAGAUGAAGCCCGUGGAAAAGUUCUCAGCAGUCUUCCUCCUUCACUGGUGCCAUAUGCUGAACUCAUGAGGGUUCAUCGACCGCUGGGUUAUUAUCUCAACACGUCUCCCUAUGUGGUGGGCGUUGUCUUCGGCGCGGCGGUGGCCCCGACCAAGCUUCCAGCCACAAUCUUGCUGGACCGGCUGCUGAUCUUGGUCCUUUGGUCCCUUUUCCUCCGAAGUGCUGGGUGCGUUUGGAAUGACGUGAUCGAUAUGGAUCUGGAUCGUCAGAUUGCUCGCACAAGACUCCGGCCUCUUCCUCGCGGUGCCGUGUCGUCAUGGAACGCUGUCAUGUUAACCGCCGGGAUCUUCGCCUGUGGAGGGUCCCUCUUGUCCUUUUUGCCGAGGGAGUGCGCCAUCGAGGCACUUAUCGAAAUAUUCUUCGCCCUUCUUUACCCUUUCGGUAAGCGGUUCACCGACUUCCCGCAGCUCAUCUUGGUGAAUAUUGGAUGGGCUAUCCCGAUGUCAAUGCACAGCCUCGGUCUGGAUCCUCUAGCGUACAAGAAGCCUACCUUUUUCAUGUUCCUUUUUAUUGCACUGGUGAUUGUCAUGAUUGAUGUUGUUUACUCUCGGCAGGACACGGAGGAGGAUAUGAAAGUCGGUGUCAAGAGUAUGGCGGUGCGAUUCAAGCACUCGAUAGAGCUGCUCUCUUAUGCCUUCUUCUACGCAUCCACCGGUGCACUCCUAGCGGCAGGAUAUUACUCCGGCUUAGGCAUCCCAUUUACAGUACUGUCAGUUGGGGGUCACUUUGGUGGUUUUCUUUACUUUCUGAAAACAACGGGCGUAGGCAAGGCGCCCCAAGUGGAGUCAUACGCGAAAUUGGCCUGCCUCAUUGCGAGCCUGUUCUGGGUAGUUGGCCUGUUCGUGGAAUAUUAUUUGCGCGUGUAA